CUCGUCCUCCACUGCAUUACGAGUCCUGCUGCAGCUGCACACAUUCGCACAUAAGAAGACGCACAAAGACACGCACUAAUAACUCCUGCAGCUCAUCGCGGUAGCAGCUUUUGUGGAUCUUCUGGAUUGUCUUUUUUACGUGUCGUGGCAUUUACCAGCGGAAGAUACUGCGGAUUUUACGCAUUGGUCACGCCGUGCUGGGAUGAUGCACUGAGAGGAAAGGCGCAGGAUCGUGGGCUGUAAUCACCCCAGAAGGUUGCAGUGAAAGUGGUGCAAGCAAGGUGAACUCGGAAAGGGUGCAAUCUCGACCCUCUGCAGGGGGGGAUCGGCGGCGAUUUCCAAACCAGCUCGGUAAAGUAAAUUAUGGCCACUCUACUGCGGAAAAUCGGUCUGAUCCGCCUGCACGACCGAGACACAGAGGACCCCAAACACCACCAGGGCUCUUUAAAGGGCACCAAAGGCAACCAGAAAAACAACAAACACUGUCAGACGGCCAACGAAACCAAUAUCCUUAGCACCCCGGAGAUUAAGGCCAGGAAGCUGGACCAGCACGGCAAGGACAAGGAGAAGCCAGGCAAGGAUGCCAAGGAGAAACAGCAGCAGCAAAGCGGAGGAGGCGGGAAUAAAAGCACCGGGGCCUCCUCCCUACCUCCGCUCGCCCCUCACCGGCAUCACUGCACCCAAGUGCGGACGCGCAGGCUGAUGAAGGAGCUUCAGGAGAUACGGAGGUUAGGAGACAACUUCAUCACAGUAGAGCUGGUGGAGGACAACCUGUUCGACUGGAACGUCAAGCUGCACCAGGUGGACAAGGACUCGGCGCUGUGGCAGGACAUGAAGGAGACGAGCACCGACUUCAUCCUGCUCAACGUCACCUUCCCCGACAACUUUCCCUUCUCGCCGCCCUUCAUGCGGGUGCUGACGCCCCGCUUGGAGAACGGCUACGUGUUGGACGGAGGCGCAAUUUGCAUGGAGCUGCUGACUCCCCGCGGAUGGUCCAGCGCCUACACGGUGGAAGCGGUCAUGAGGCAGUUUGCGGCCAGCCUCGUAAAAGGACAGGGCCGCAUAUGUCGGAAAGCAGGCAAGUCCAAGAAGGCCUUCAGCCGUAAAGAAGCCGAGGCCACCUUCAAGUCUUUGGUGAAGACCCACGAGAAAUACGGCUGGGUGUCCCCGCCCGUGUCGGACGGCUGAGCGCUGACCCCUGACCUCGACACGCAAAAUGACACACCGCGCUAACUCAACAAUCUGUCACACUCACCUUUUGCUGUAGCUUUCUUCGUGUGUGCGUGUAUGCGUGUUAAUUGGAGCGGUGGCGUAGUUUUUAAUACGCAGACAAGUGAUCAUCAUCGUCAUCAAUUUUCUCAGAAGUGACUUGCCCUCACUCUCACCCAGGGAAUUUCUUUCCUUUUGGGAAAGGCCUGAGAGGGAGGUGUGUGUAUAGUACAUUUGGGAACACAUUUUUUGCUUUUCUUUUGUUUUUUUUUUCUCAUGCACACGCAGUUGGAGACAGUGUGGACUUUUCCAAUUGAAUGAAGCGGACUCAUCCUCUCUUGUCGCGCUCUCUUUGCCCUCCUCGCUCCCUUCCCCUUCCUUCCGGCAUUACUCUUCGUCGUCUGCGUGUGGCUGUGGGCUCAUUUGCAUAUAAAUGAAGCUGUAAAUGUUUAAUAGAUGGGCAGCGCGCAGCCUUCUAUGCUCCUUUCAUUUCCUUCCCUUUUUCUUGUCGACUGCGGUUGCCCAUACUUGGAUGCAACGUGAAGAUUGUAAUGUACAUGGAGAUGUGCUCUCUCUCUCUCUCCAUGCUAGUUCGCCCAAUGUCUCUUGUCUCUCGUGGCUAAAUUUAGAGCUCACUGUUGCGUAGAUGAUAUUGAUUUCCAAUGGAGGAAAAAAAGUCACAUGUUGCAUUAGGCUGUGACUUUGUAUGAUACAUAGAAUGAUAGUCAAUCAUCUGGAUGUGCGCUUUUGAGGACUGAGAACCUCAUGAUUUAGAAGGGGCACAGCCCUUUAAAACAAAAAUAGGAACUGUGAAACACUAAGAGUAACAUUUUAAGGGAAUAUAUGUGUGUUUGUGUGUGAUUUGUGUAAAAACAACCAAAGUCCAGCAGGAAAUCUGUGCUAUGAACACACCUGCACACACAUCUACUGUACCUGCAUGGCUUAAAAUGCUGAUGGGCGCUCGCCAUUUCGAUGAAUGUACGCUCCAGAGUACCACAUGAUUGCCCGGAGAGAGACAUCAAGGGGUUUUCGGGGAGAGGGCAAACCGAAAGAACGGGAGAGCGCAGCGGGGUCACUUCUUGGAAAUGUCAGCGGGUUUCAAGAUGGAAGAAGCCUGUUUUGGCAACCUAAUGGAUGCACAGGAAUAAAAACAUUGACUUGCAAGCAUCAUUGGAACCCCUGGAGGGGAAAAUUGAGGAAAAUACGGAGUUGGCAUCUGCUUUGCAGCUUUGAUUUUUCUUAAUUUUCUGUAAGAUAAAAAUUUUAGAAAGGGCAGGAUGUGAAAAGUGAAGGACAGCACUAUUGGUGCACUCGCCUGACCUCAGUGUAGGCAGUGUGGACUAAGGCUGAUUUAUGCUUCUGCGUCAAUGGAACGGGUUGCUCCAUGCUAUUUUUAGACCGUGACGUCACAUCGUAAAGCGGAAGUAAAGCAGAAGUUGGACAUUAUAGACCCGCCCUCGCAUAAAAAACAAUGUUAAUUCUGCUACUUUUCUCCGGUAAUCGUUCAAAAACAAACAUCCCGAUCACACAUUGCUUUUUUUGGAACUUGUAAAAAAACGACUCUUGACAUUACGACAUAUGAAGGAUGUUUUCUUCAUACAUUUUCUGAAACCAAAAACUCGGGAGGAAAAAAAUGUGAAGAAUGAAUCAACUUGCGCAGACUUUUAACACUAGCUCGGUGAAUCCAUUCACAUUUCAUAUGCAGUAAACGUUUUGUUGGGUUGGGUUCAGAGGACAAAGAGGUAAACCAUGUUUAUAUUUUUAACUUAUUUUUUAGCGUGACGUUGUGCCGUGCUUCUUCUGUCUGAGAAUGAAUGACCUAAAAAGAAUUAAAAUCGUGGGCUAUCUGACUGCCACUGUUGCCUUUUCUGUUGUAAAAGAAAAAAACAACUUUAGUAAAGGGGAAGUGUCAAUAAAUUGUAGAAUUAAGAUUUGUUAUCCAUGAAAAAUUAAAAGUGUUCGUUGGCUGUCACUGAGUAGCAUUUGCGAUCGCUACACAAAAUAUAAAUUACCCCCAAGAACUGUCAGAGACGUAGGCUAACCAGAGGAUAUAAUAUAUAGGAAAGACAGGGCUGGUGGUAAAGGAUAACUUGUUGAACAGGAGAAUGUAAUUGUUAGUCCCGUAAGAAAAAGGUUUCGAUAAAAAAGCUAAGGCUAUGCUAAGGACGGCUCGUUUUUUUCGUCUUUUUCAGCCCUCGACACUCAAGCCACCACUUUAACUGAACAUUUUUAUGUACUUCCACAUCUUUGCAAGUGAACUUGGCACCAGGGACAUCAUUUUCGGAGAGAAUUGGUAGGUUUAGCAUUGUAAACAUCUCCUUCGUACACGAUUUCAUUCAUUUCCCAUUGUGGACAAGCGGUGGCGUGUCCUCCAUUAGGAACAGUAGCUAACGUCGUGAAUAUUAAUGAGCAGAAGUGACAUGUUGCUUGCGGUACGCCAUUCACCGCCAUGCCACUAGAGGGGUGUGGCUUUGUCUUUGUACGGUUUUGGGGUAUUCUUGUCGAAUUCCUUUAGUUUAUACGCCGGUCAUUGACAGCAAUGGCAACGGAGAUUGAACGUGUGUAUUUGCUGCUGCAGCUAAUCAAUAUUGAACAACAAAAGUUGUUAAUACAAAUGUUGACGCGUAGGCGACACAGAAGACGUUUUCAAAUGUUUGGAAACGGUGUUGUUGCUAAACCGGAAACGACGUUCUGAGCGGUGACGUGACGCGUAGUCAGGAUUUUUGGGAGGUGCACGUCAGGCUAUGGUGUAGGGUCGUUAAUAGGGUCUGCGUUAACCGCGUAGGUCUCGUCACAGCUACGCAGAAGCAUAAAUCACCCUUUAGUCCCCUACUCCGUGACAGUGAGUAAAUGGUGGCCUCCAAACGUUCACUUAGAUUAAUGGUGACCAGUCCAGUUGUGUUUAAUCAACAAGCAACAUGGCUGACAUUGAUGGAGAUAGUCGUCAAAGAUGGAGGACAGGAAAGACUGGGGUAUGACAGGGCAGAUGGAAUGUGGCAAUUAAACUCAUUAGCUGCCAGUGGCAGUGAAUGAGUUAAACGCACUCAAGAGCAGUGUUGGGAAUAACGCCGUUCUAUAACGGCGUUAUUUUUUCAGUAACGGGGUAAUCUAACUAAUUAUUUUUUCCAACGUUACCGUUACUGACGGUCAAAAGCGUGGCGUUACUUACUUUGAAUAAAUUGAAGAAACUACCAGCCGUAGCGAGUCUACUCUGCUCUGUUUAUUUGUCAUCCAAGACUUGGGGUGCGUUCAGGUUCAUGGCAAUGAAAAUAGUAAACACACAUAGCCUACCUUUGCAAGAACGAUGGAGUUGCCGUUUGAUAUGGUCAUAAUGUGCAGGUCCUGCACCCAUCCGCAGCAAAACUGUUUCGUAGCUUUGUAGCGAUUUGUAAUUUCGGAAUCACUGAUGAGUUUAGUAACAUACACCAAACAAUAAAUACAGCAGAAUGUCCAUUUCGCGUAAUUGUGGAAGCCUGUCGACAUCUUUACUCCAUUUGUCUUCGGCUUGCUCGUAAGGGUCAACAUUGUUCACAUCCUUAAGUUUGAUCACAUAUCUGUUCUUCGCCUUAGUAACGAGUUUGUCUCUUUAUCGAACUGGCAAGUUAAAGUUUAAUGUCCCGCGAGCCAGACCUGCUUCCAAUAUGGCUGCGUUGUUGUCAAAUCUCACGUGAUCCCCCAUUCUGUGAUGUAAACGCUCGAGCCUAAGAGCGCACGUAAGUCAGAGCCGGUGUUUUCACACACAAAGCGGAACAGCGCGUGCGACAAACACACACACGCAAAACAGAUGCAGGGGGAUAUGAUGGCAGAGCAUUCAGAGGAAAAUUUGUCCUUUACGAGGUGGAGAUAUAAACACUAGAGAUGUCCCGAUCCGAUCACGUCAUUUUCAAAGUAUCGGAAUCGGCAAAAAAAUAUCGGCCAUGCAUUUUUUUAAUAUAUAUAUAUAUUUUAAUUAAAUCGUUUUCUAAUUGUAUUUAACGUUACAGACAUAAUAUGUUACACUCAUCCAGAGUCUCUAAUUUAGGCUUAAGGUAGGGUUAUCAAAUUUAUCCCGAUAACGGGGUAAUUAAUUUUUAAAAAUGUAUCACGUUAAAUAUUUAACGCAAUUAAUGCAUGCGUUGUAGGACCCACUCACGCAUUGUCGCGCUUAAUCUGUAAUGGCGCCGCUUUACCCAUUUAGAGAGACAAAAAGGCAGCGUAAAAUGAGUAGAGUGAAUUUUGGCUGCCUUUGGAGCCUUUUUUUAAAUAGGCUAAAGCCUUACAAUCCUUCUCCCUACGAUUGGUAAUAUCAUGGGAAGUAAUGUGGGGAAGCAAGGUAGUAAUUGAUCUUUUUCUUAACACCUUAUGUUAUUUCCCAACGCAGAGAAGAUACAGCAAUUGGUAGCACUACGCACAGUCAUGGUUCCGCUUCCCAUCGUGCAUUUGGGUUGAAUGGCUGCAGUAUCAUUUACUGAAAGCUCAAUAGCAAUAUUUAGUCACAAUAUACAAAGUCACAAGUCUUUCUAUCUGUGGAUCCCUCUCACAGAAAGAAUGUUAAUAAUGUAAAUGCCAUCUUGAGGAUUUAUUGUCAUAAUAAACAAAUACAGUACUUAUGUACUGUAUGUUGAAUGUAUAUAUUCGUCCGAGUUUUAUUCAUUUUUUUUCUUAAUGCAUUGCCAAAAUGUAUAUGAUCGGGAAAAAUUAUCGGGAAUGAUUGGAAUUGAAUCGGGAGCAAAAAAAGCAAUCGGAUCGGGAAAUGUCGGGAUCGGCAGAUACUCAAACUUAAACGAUCGGGAUCGGAUCGGGAGCAAAAAACAUGAUCGGAACAACCCUAAUAAACACUAUUUCAAGUUGGUCGAAACUAAAGGAAAGAACGUGCAUGUAAAGUGUAAUUUAUGUUCCGGGGCAAAAAUUUUUUUGCACUUCAAAUGUAGGAUAAAUCUGUUGCUGGCGAGGUUCAAUAAAUAUUACAAGGUUCUAUAACAAAACUACCAGUCUGUUCUUCUCUAUUCAACUAACUCGAAUACUGCUCAGAAAAUUUCAAAUUCUUUGACAUACAACAACUUCUUUUUAAAGUAACGGAAAUAGUUACUUUCCCUGGUAACUACUUACUUUUACUAUAGAGUAAUUCAGUUACUAACUCACUUUUUGGAAGAAGUAGUGAGUAACUAUAACUAAUUAUUUUUUUAAAGUAACGUGCCCAACACUGCUCAAGAGUCUUAAUCACUCAACAGUGAGAAUGUACAGAGAAUUUUCAGCAAGCUGAUCGGUAUUCCGACGUCAACAAUAUUUGAAACGUAAAGUUAUUGAAGAAUGCACCAGACCUCAAUCUGUGCAGAACCGCUUCGGUGACGUGGAAGUGCUCAUGCCAGUCAGCUAUUUGAAAUGUGUCCGUCCUGUCAGCUCGGCUUCCGCGUGCGUUACAUCUGCUACGUGCCAGUUAAAUGUCAGGCAAAGCUGCUAAUUGGGCUGACAUUUCCGCCAAGCGUCAUUAGAGAGACGGGCGGUUGAGAGCAAAAGGAUGGAGGAUGUCAAAUCUCCCGCUCGGCCCCCCUCCUCCAACCACUGGCAUUUCGGCCCAUGUUGCAUACCCCUGCUGUGUUGUUUUUAGGAGACGAGAGGCAGACGGAGAGGUGAGAAUGUGAGUACAUGCGUGUAUGUGUGGGAAAAGUGUGGGUCAUGUAAACUAGUUCCAUUUCAGGGUUGAUUGUAUAGUCCUCUCUUGGCUCGCAAGUGCGGAAUUACUGUAAAUUGACUUCAUAUUAUACCACAAAAUAUCUCCAAACUGAGUGUUUGCUGGUUUCAAGCCAAUCAUUUUUGUGAUAGAUUUAGAAUGGUAGUUAACAGACACUAACUGAGCUGGUUAUGUUGUAUUAUAUUUGCAUGUCAACUGUGAUUGGUAGCUGCCUACUGUAUUUUUUUUUUCAAGAAAAGUCAGAAAAACUGGAGAUAAACAAAAAUGCAAAUGUUUCUCUUGUUCUUUUAACAAGGAUGGCGAGGUGUUUCUGUACUGUAUGUGCUUUUCUUCAUACCCGUCCUCAAAUGUCAUAUUGUCUUCUAUGAAUGUUUGUGUUUUAAUUUAUUUGUGAUUUGCCAAAAAUGAAGAUUUGACGCAUGAUGCAGGUAUUGUCACGAGAAAAUGAAGAAGGGAAGGGGGAAGAAAAAAAAACUUACCUGGAAGGGUUUUUGUCUUCAUUUAGAGGAUUGAAGGACAGACAUAGUUACAAAGCCUCAAUACCUUAAAGGGACUGUUCCCUUGGGGAAAAACAAAAUUCCGUCACGGCCCCAAAACAAAUUCCAAACACCUCUCAUGAAGUCACGCCUUCCCCAUUGGCCCUGCAGUGAUUUAGAUUCAUGCGAUUGACAUGAAAACACGGAUUAUAUCACAGAUUAAAAGAUCAAUGUUGACUUCUCAGUGCUUCACAUCUCAUUCAUCAUAUGGGCAUGUGAGCAUCUGACCUGAGAUCAGCUGACCUGGACAUUUCCAUUUUCCUGACUUGUUUGGUCGAAAAAGUGGGAAAAGGCUCGUUUGCUAGACCAAACAAGAAUGUGCAAUAAACUUCACAGCAUAUUCAAAGCAAUUGCCUUGUGUGUUUUUUUUCUUUUGUGU